GCGGUCAGCUGGCAUCAGGGACCACCGCUCGAACCCCGCGGGUGAGUCUGCAGAGCGAAGGUCGCGGACAGCGCGGGUCCGGACUACAAGUCCCACAAUGCCACAGGCCGCCGCGGCGGAGAAGGAGGGGUGCUUUAGGUACUUGCGACCUCGGCGCCUCCUGCCCGGAAGUGCCGGAGGGGCCGAGAUGGAGCUGGCGGAACCGAAGGCUCGGUAGCACUGCGGGUAAGGCAGGCGCCAUGACCCUGAUUGAAGGGGUGGGUGAUGAGGUGACCAUCCUUUUCUCGGUGCUUGCCUGCCUUCUGGUGCUGGCCCUUGCCUGGGUCUCAACACAUACUGCUGAGGGCACGGACCCACUGCCCCAGCCCUCAGGGCUCCCAACGUCAGUACCGCCCGGCGAAGCCAUGGCAGCUACCAACAGCAUCAGAGGGGAGGCCCCAGGGUCUGAGACCCCCAGCCUGAGACACAGAGGUCAAGCUGCACAGCCAGAACCUAGCCUGGGGGUCACAACAACAACACCACCCCCGGACUCCCCACAGGAGCCCCUAGUGCUACGACUGAAAUUCCUCAAUGAUUCAGAGCAGGUGGCCAGGGUCUGGCCCCAUGACACCAUUGGCUCCUUGAAAAGGACCCAGUUUCCCGGCCGGGAACAGCAGGUGCGACUCAUCUACCAAGGGCAGCUGCUAGGAGAUGACACCCAGACCCUGAGCAGCCUUCAUCUCCCGCCCAACUGCGUUCUCCACUGCCAUGUGUCCACAAGAGUCGGGCCUCCACAUCCCCCCUGCCCCCCUGGUUCAGAGCCAGGCUCCUCCGGGCUGGAAGUAGGCAGCCUUCUGCUGCCCCUGCUGCUGCUGCUGCUGCUGCUACUCUGGUACUGCCAGAUCCAGUACCGGCCCUUCUUUCCCCUGACGGCUACCCUGGGCCUGGCCGGCUUCACUCUGCUCCUCAGUCUGCUGGCCUUUGCCAUGUACCGCCCGUAGUGCCUCCACGGGCUCAUGGCAGUAUUGCUGGCCCCUCUGGACCUUGCUCCCCCCACCGUGGUGAGAGCUGCUGUCUGCCCAGGCCUGCCUCUCCAGCCUACUUAUUUCCACUACCCUGGAGCCCAGCCCUGCAUCAGAGGACUCCGAGGGCUGGCAGAGGCCCCUCCCUGUGAUCUCCGUGGCUCCAGGCCACCUCCUGGGGCUGCUAGCCCACAGCCUCCACUAACAGUCAGCUCAUCAGGGUCAGGCACCUGGUGUCCCUGUCUGGGCCCUGGUCAGAACCGGGCCACCCCCCUAGACUGGUCUUGGUGUCUUUCCCGUGGACCCAGACCCCUCUAGUUCCUGACAGCUCCUUGGGCUGAUUUAGGGACCCAAGGACUUUGGGAGGCUGAUGAAGGGGAGUUGAGAGGGGUAGUUCUCUGGAACUUGUGCACAUUAAAGUAACUGUGAAGUUUUCUCUC